AUGACUAAAGAAAUAUUAAAUAAAAUAAUAGAAGAGUUAAGUGAAGUUGGUUUCAAUGUAGUUGCAAUAGUCAGUGACAGUGGUUCUACAAAUGUAGGCUUAUGGAAAAGUUUAGACAUAUCUAUUAACAAUACGUCAUUUGAACAUCCAAAACUAAAUUCCAGAAUUCAUGUUUUUGCUGAUGUUCCGCACUUAUUGAAAUUGGCUAGAAACCAUUUACUCGAUAGUGGGUUCAUACUUCCAAAUGGUAAAUUCAUCGGAAAAAAUAUACUCCACGAAGUUCUGAAUAUUAACUAUGGUAAAGAUUAG